CAAAGCAUGUCUCCAAAAAACUACCCUCAUCUCCCUUCACUAAUCCCUCCAAGCACACCAUAAACAACAGGAUACCAAUGAAAUACGCAAUAACUAUCACAGCGCUUCUCUCGCUGGCAUACACGGGCACAUCCGCCUGCGUCUCAGGCACGUACCGGUGCGCACAGAAAAGCGGGCUGGCCGCGCAAUUCCUGCAGUGCGCCAACGGCAGCGAAAUUUCCAUGAUGUGCGGGCCCGGCACAGUCUGCUACUCGCAGGGAAACAGCAUUAUGUGCGGGUUUCCCGUAGACACGGCAAGCGAGCCGGCCACCGAUAAGGGGCUGGUGGCGGGCGCACAGUGCCAGGCAUUGUCGCCGUGGGACGAGUAUGUGUGCCCAGGGGAGAGCGGCGUCCCAUGCGUAUUUCCUCAGGUGCGUCAGUGGCAAUUACAUACAUUUUAGCUGUCCGCCGGGCACCGGUGUGUAUUAAGAGCAAGGGCAGCAG